AUUCCAUUGAUCCAUUAAGCUGGCCUCAAAAUCUUCGAGGCCAGCACCGAAAGCCUCACCACCAGACCCAACAUAUCCCCGAUAAGAAAGAAAUAAGAAAAAGAAAAAAAUGUUGUCAGGUCUUCAAAAUCCCCGGCAAGCAGCCUCUCAGCUGUUAAAUUUCGGCUUGAUUCUUUCCACCGCAUUCAUGAUGUGGAAAGGUCUCUCCGUCUUCGCCGACUCCCCCUCGCCCAUCGUCGUCGUCCUCUCCGGAUCCAUGGAACCCGCCUUCCAGCGCGGCGACCUGCUCUUCCUCUGGAACCGGAACAUACUAGCCGAGACGGACGUAGGCGAGGUGGUAGUCUACAACGUGCGAGACAAGGAAAUCCCCAUUGUCCACCGCGUAGUUCGCAAGUUCGGCACCGGCGCCCAUGCGCGUCUACUCACCAAGGGCGACAACAAUGCCGCGGACGAUACUGAGCUAUACGCACGCGGCCAAGACUACCUCGAACGCAAGGAUAUCAUCGGCAGCGUAUUUGCGUACAUUCCUUUUGUAGGCUACGUCACGAUUAUGCUGAGCGAACACCCCUGGCUCAAGACCGUUAUGCUGGGUAUUAUGGGGUUGUUAGUUGUUCUGCAGCGGGAAUAGUCAUGCCUACGAGAAAAAGGGGGGCGUUGGAAAAGAACACCUAAUGUCGGCUUGUGAUUUGGGGCUAUUUUAGAGGCUAUCUUCUCAAAUAAAGUAUUUAUCAUGGACUAGCUAAUGCCACUCUUGGUUUAAACAAUGUCGUGACUUGUACUGGGAUAAAGACUUGAAGUUGAAUUAGGGAAUUAGCAAUCAUGAAGUUCUCUUAAAACGCCGGCUGUAUAUUCAUCUGAAACUUGUAGUCUACUGGGAAAUGUAUCCUAUCUACAGAAUCAUUCGCUAAAUAGGUAUGGACU